AUGACUCCAACUUAUCUAAAUUCAUCAUCAGCUUCUCCUUUUCUUGUUGAUCUCAAUGAGGAUCAACACCAUCAACUAUUCAGCCCAAAUCCUCAGUCUUCUUCUUCAUCUUCUCUCUCGUGUCAUAUGUUCUUGAACUCAACUCAAGAUCAAAAUGGAUAUUAUCAUGAGGAGAUACAGGUACACCAGCAACAUCAACCCGAGGUUAAUAAUUGCAAUUUACAUGGGGGAUCAUCGUCAUAUGAUCAAGAAAAUAAGGGUGACAAUGGCCUCAAAUUAUAUUUCUGGAAGAACAAAGAUAUAGGGGAAAAUCAAAGUGAAAACAAUCCAGUUAAGUGGAUGUCCUCCAAGAUGAGGUUGAUGAAGAAGACAAAGAACCCAGAUCGAGCAUGUGUGAAAAUAACCACCACUACUACACAGAAGUCUGAAGAUCAGAAGCAACUAUCAUCUUCUCUCGAAACUGAUUACAGCAGCAACAGUUCCUCACACAACAGCAACAACCCAAUUAGGGUUUGUGCUGAUUGUAGCACAACCAAAACACCUCUUUGGAGGAGCGGACCUAAAGGUCCUAAGACACUUUGCAAUGCAUGCGGAAUUCGGCAAAGGAAGGCGAGAAGGGCCAUGGCAGCAGCUGCAGCUGCAGCAAAUGGCACAGUUCAUGGAACUGAGACAUCACAAGUGAAGUUUAAGGUACAACACAGAGACAAGACAAAGAACAAUGGUCAUGUUGUACCGUACAAGAAAAGGUUCAAACUUGCUGCUGGACCGUCUCAUGUGCAAAAAAAGCUUUGUUUCGAGGAUUUCCUGAUAAAUCUGAGCAAGAGUUUGGAUUUUCACAGAGUCUUCCCUCAAGACGAGAAGGAAGCUGCGAUCCUGCUAAUGGCUCUAUCUUGUGGUCUUGUUCAUGGCUGA